AUCACAACUGAGCCUGCACUGCUCCAACAAGGCUUGAGUUCUUGCGCGUGCUCAUUGUAAACCAACAUCAGUGGAGACUGUUGUCGACAUCAGAGUGGAGGUCGAAGAGCUGACGGACGUAGCUUAGAUCAGGAGAAAUCUGAGAAAAUGGUUCGAGUUUGCGCCUUUCCAGAUUGCGGCAACAAAAUGAAGAGAUAUUUGUGCUUGAGCUUUCACCGUCUACCCUACCGCAACCGGGAAACUUUAAAUUUGUGGCUGGCUGCACUUCAGCUCGAUGUGAAAACUCCCUUGCGAACAUUACGUGAGAGAGAUUAUCGUGUUUGCAGCGAACAUUUUGAUGAGGACGAAUACACCGAAAAGAGCGUUAAGUCUCGGUAUCUGAAGGCAAAUGCCAUUCCAAAAGCGAAAAGAACUGCUGCAGACACAUUGCAGCUGCAUGACGCCUGGGCAGUAAUGGACAGAUCACCUGGCCAGGUCAGAAGCACAGGCAUUCAAGCAAAUGUCCCAGAGGCAUGCACAGCAACAAUGGAGAAACCAACUCUGCAGCACAUUGUGGACGAGGAGGCUAUUCUGCAGCUGAUGAAGAACUGUCCGAUGUGCGACAGAAAAUGCCGCUGUUCAACACGCACUCGCAGUCCUUACUUCAUAGUCUACCAGAGCUGUUACUACUGCAAUUAUCAACGCAAGUGGGCCAACCAGCCUGAAGCUAGAAAUAUGAACAUUCGUUAGGCAAACAUACCGACCAAGAGGUAACUAAAGCUAACAAACAAGGUGUCUGUAAAUGCCAAGGCUCAGUCCUCACAGCUUAAUAAUACAAGCUUUUCCGAAUCCU